UUGUUCAGGGGUAAAGUGGUUUUGAUAGUGAACGUAGCAUCGGAAUGUGGUCUUACAAAUACGAAUUACAAUCAACUGAAACAACUUUAUGACAAAUAUUCGAGCCGUGGCCUGGCAAUAGCUGCUUUUCCAUGCAAUCAAUUCGGUGGUCAGCCCGACCUUUAUGCGAAAGUUGAUGUGAACGGGCCCACUGAGCACCCGUUGUACGCAUUUUUGAAAGAGCAGCAAGGUGGCACGCUGGGCGAUGAUAUAAAAUGGAAUUUUACGAAAUUCCUUGUGGACAGAAAUGGCCAAGUGGUAAGCCGCUUUAUUAAUGCUUUUCCUUGUUUUUGAGU